AUGGCAUCUGAGAAGAAGGUAGCGGAAAACAUGCUCUGGGGAGGCCGUUUCACGGAGGGGCUUGACCCAGUCAUGGAGCAGUACAACGCUUCGCUACCCUAUGACCGACUAUUCUACGCUGAAGACAUUGCCGGCUCCAUUGCCUUUGCUCGCGCCAACAAGAACAAUGGCAUCCUCACAGAGGACGAGUUCGCUGCCAUUGAAAAGGGCAUGGCCCAGAUCAAGGAAGAGUGGGCAUCGAAUUCGUUCCAAGUCAAAGCAAACGACGAAGACAUUCACACUGCAAACGAGCGGAGGCUGAGCGAAAUCAUCGGCAAAGACAUUGGCGGAAAACUACACACAGGGCGGAGUCGAAAUGAGCAAGUCGCAACCGACAUGCGGUUAUGGCUGCGAGAACAACUCCGUACACUUGAGGGCUACCUAAAGCUGCUUAUCAAGACGUCUGUGCAGCGAGCCGAAGCUGAAAUCGACGUGCUCAUGCCCGGCUACACACAUCUCCAGAAAGCCCAGCCAGUCCGCUGGUCGCACUGGAUCCUCUCGCACGCCACGGCUUUUGCCUCUGAACUCGAGCGCCUCCGCGAAGUCAUCAAGCGCGUGAACCGCUCCCCGCUCGGCUGCGGCGCCCUUGCCGGAAACCCGUUCAACAUCGACCGGGCCGCCAUGGCCGCAGAACUCGGUUUUGAAUCCCUCCUCACAAACUCGCUCAACGCCGUCGGCGACCGCGACUUUGUCUUUGAAACUCUGCAGUGGGGCUCCAGCUUCAUGCUCAAGAUGUCUCGCUGGGCAGAGGACCUGAUCAUCUACUCGAGUUUGGAAUUCGGCUUCGUCAGGCUCGCAGAUGCGUACUCGACGGGUAGCUCGCUCAUGCCGCAGAAGAAGAACGCGGAUAGUCUGGAACUCAUCCGUGGUAAGAGCGGCCGUGCGUUUGGCCACAUGGCGGGUUUGUACGUUACCAUCAAGGGUCUGCCAACGACGUACAACAAGGAUCUCCAGGAGUCUGUCGAGCCCCUCAUCGAUCACAUCAAGACUGUCAGCGACUCGAUCCAGAUUGCUACAGGUGUCUUGUCUACCCUCAGCAUCAACGCGGACAAGAUGCACGCUGCGCUUGCCCCUGAGAUGCUCGCUACUGAAUUCGCAGAUUACCUUGUUAGGAAGGGCGUUCCGUUCCGUGAGGGUCACCAUAUCUCAGGUCGUGUUGUUGCGCUUGCGGAGAAUGAGGGCGUGCCUAUGGAUAAACUUAGUCUCGAACAGCUCAAGGGUAUUGACUCUAGGCUCGGAGAUGAUGUUGUUGAGUGCUUGGAUUAUGAGCGUGCGGUUGAGCUGAAGAACGCGACGGGCGGCACGAGUAAGAGUGCGGUCAUGGAGCAGAUUGAUAUCUUAAAGAAGAUCUUGUAGGGAGGAAUCUAUACAAGGUCUGGAGGUAGGGUGUUGAGUUGACGGAUGAGGAGUUACGUAGUAUGACGCUAUCAUGAUCAUGACCAGGAUUUGUUGUAUCAAAAGACAACAAUACAAAAAAGACAGUUUUGGA